AGAGGCUUCCAAGACCAUUGCAGAUUUGAGGAAUUCACCGCAAAUACAACGGUGAUGGCCAUCAGGAACAACGUGACCACCACCACCCGGUCUUUGGACGGGGACAUGACUGUGGAAGAGUUCAAGGAGUGGCUGAAGAGGUUUGACACCAACAAGGACGGGAGGAUAAGCCGGGAUGAGUUGCGGAGGGCCAUCCGCAGUGUCCGCGGGCGGUUCAGUGGCUGGAAGAGCAACCGUGGGAUCCGGCAUGCCGACACCGAUGGCGAUGGGCUCCUUGAUGAUGGGGAGAUUGACAACUUGGUGGAAUUCGCCCAGAAGAGCUUGGGUUUGAAGAUUGUGGCCUACUAACUCUAAGCACAAGGAACAAGUGGUAGAAGAAAAUAAGUGUUACUGUGGUGAUGGUAUCUUCUAGAUAUGAAGAAUAUUUUGGAAGGGCUUGUAAGCUUUAAGUUACGUGUUAUUUUGUUUAUUGCACUUGUAUGAUAUAUAAUCUAUGCUGGUGCAGUCUGUUGGAUGGCAGUCUGCAUGCACUACUAAUCUACUUGAAUUUGUUUUACUUGA